AAAGAACAAAACGGUGAGCGGAGGUUUACAAACACGGUUCUCAAGUCUCAACAAUGGACCAAGGCGGCGCCUCUUUUCUCUUCGCCGGCACCAAAUUUAACAAGGUGAAGUUUGCCGGCGUCUUUGCUCGUUUUCAGGCGAAGACAGCGGGUGAAAAUGUUGAUCUCGCGGUUGAAGAGGACUCGAGCUUGUUGCCGAAUGAAAAGGCUGAAACUGAAGUCGAGCAUGUCAUGGUCUCUUCUCAGAAGCGGAAGCGGAAGAAUUCCUCCGCCGUUGCAGGGAGGGUAGAGGGAUUCAAUGUAUUCAAGAGCACCAACGCGGCAGAGACUGUAAGCUCUGAUGAACGGAAUGCUGAAGAUGCUAAUGAGGAGGUUUUGAGGGAGAAGAGGAAGGAGUUGAAUAAGCAGAUUGAGAGAGAUGCAAUUUUGAGGAAGAGCCAUUACAUCCAUGUGUCUGGAAAUAGCAUCCCAUCCCCACUUCAUAGUUUUGCAGAGUUGAGUUCCAGGUAUGGAUGUGACCCAAACUUGUUAACCAAUUUGAAAGAACUUGGCUUCAAGGAACCAACACCAAUCCAGAGACAGGCUAUACCCGUUAUUUUAUCUGGCCGUGAAUGCUUUGCUUGUGCACCAACUGGAUCCGGGAAAACUCUGGCUUUUGUGUUUCCCAUCCUGAUGAAGCUUAAGAACCCAUCAAAAGAUGGCAUUAGAGCUCUUAUUUUGUGUCCAACUGGAGAGUUGGCUCUUCAAACAACUAGAGAGUGCAUGAAGAUGGCUGAAGGAAAUAAGUUUCGUAUUAGGACAUUGAAGAAAGAGCAUCUGAAGAGUCCAAAGAAGUUGAUUUGUGAUAUAUUGAUAUCCACUCCUCUCCGGUUGAGGAUUGCCAUCCGCAAGAAAAAGAUCGACUUAAGCAGGGUUGAGUUUCUUGUUCUGGAUGAAUCUGAUAAGCUUUUUGAGCUUGGCCUGUUGAAGCAGACAGAUUGUGUGGUCAAAGCAUGCUCCAAUCCAUCAAUUGUACGGUCACUAUUCAGUGCUACUUUACCUGAUUAUAUCGAGGACCUUGCACGCUCAGUGAUGCACGAUGCUGUUCGGGUUAUCAUUGGCAGGAAGAAUACUGCUUCUGAAACAAUAAAGCAGAGGCUCAUCUAUGCUGGAAGUGAGGAGGGGAAACUUAUUGCACUUAGACAAAGCUUUGCAGAGAGUCUGAAUGCGCCGGUGUUGAUCUUUCUUCAAAGCAAGGAACGUGCAAAAGAAUUGUUUGAGGAACUAAGAUAUGAUGACAUCAGAGUCAAUGUCAUCCAUUCAGAUUUGUCCCAAAAACAGCGAGAAACUGUUGUAGAUGACUUCAGAGCUGGGAAAACAUGGGUCCUGAUAGCCACAGAUGUUGUUGCCCGGGGCAUGGAUUUCAAAGGAGUCAACUGUGUGAUUAAUUACGAUUUCCCGGACUCCGCUGCAGCAUACAUUCACAGGAUUGGUCGGACUGGAAGAGCAGGGAGAAGUGGUGAAGCUGUUACUUUGUACACAGAGGAAGACAUUCCGCUUCUUCGUAACAUCGGUAACUUUAUGAAGCAGAAAAAUCAAGAGAACAGUGACAGUGCCAGUUCAUCUUCAGGCCGGGAGUACGAAUUUCCGUACUGGAUACUGGAUCUGCCUAAACGGAAGUGGAAGAAACACCGUCCUGGUAGAGAUGCGAUUUUAACCAGCCGAAAAGAUUGAAGAAGGAUGUUUACCGUGAAGAUCCUUGUUCUUCGCCUUGGAUUUUUGUUCCCUUGUUCACCAUUUUGUUUUGGAAAGAUCCUUUAUUGUCAAUAGCAUAGCGGCAAUGAAUUGUUCACCUAAAGACAGGAUUUUGGAGUUCGUUUUUUAGGGUUUAAUGUAUUUGAGUUACGAGGUUUUCCGUAAAAUAGUACAUUUUAGGUUUAAUCAACAACUGAAUUACUAUUUGUAGCCCUAAGACCCACCCUUGCCGGCUAGCAUCUCCGGCCAUCCAAGCGACCGUCAACGACAUGCCACCUUCGCCGGAGGGGAGAUCACCAUCGUCGCCGGAUGGGUGAUUGCCACCGUGGAGAUGAUCAUCUCCGGUGAGAACACCGGCAGAGAUGAGGGUGGCGAUGGCAACCGGAGAUGGUGAUCGGAGACGGUUGGUAACCGGAAGGAUGUGUUGGGAGUAUUAGUGUACUUAUUUUUUUCAGGCUACAAAUAAGCCAUAUUUAGAGCUAUAAAUAGCACAUCUCUUCAACAAAGUGGUACCAUUUUUGGGCUUUUAAGCCGUAU